GGAACAUUUAACUUCACAGAGAUGGCUGACAAGGAGCUUGCCAGAGUAAGAGGGAGAUUUGUGGAAAAAGUCUCAAAGGCCCUAAUUAAACAGCUCCUGGAUGACCUUUUAGAAGAUCGUUUGUUGAACGAUGGCGAGACAGAUUCUGUGCUUGAGGACAACACUGGGAAAGCAGACAUGGCUCGCUGCCUCAUCGACAUGGUACGGAAGAAAGGGGAUAAAGCCAGCAGGAAGAUGAUUGAACACCUUGAAAACAGAGAUCCUACACUUUACUCUGAACUUGGCCUCACCUGUAAACCAACACCAGCUCCUCAGAAACAGCAUAGCUGGUCAAACACACUUGUCACCACGACAGACUCCUUCUGGAACGAGAAAAAGAAAUCUAAAGAUAUUUACAGCGUGUCAGACAAUUCCCUUAGAAGUCGUGUGGCCCUUUUAAUUACUAAUAGAAAUUUUGCUAAUAACAAAUUAACCAGAAAGGGAGCUGAGAAAGACGAGGAGAACAUGGAGAAACUGCUCAGAUCCUUGAGAUACGAGGUGGUGAAAUACAAUGAUCUCACUGCAAAGAGGAUGAAUGAAGCUCUGCAUACUUUCACAGAGCAUCCAAAGCUAAGAGAUACAGACAGCGUGUUUGUGGUGAUCAUGUCUCAUGGAAAACGGGAGUUUGUCCUUGGUGUUAAUCACAGCGAAGAAAACCCGGAUGAAUUCCCCGUUGACAACAUCUACAAAUACCUGGGUCCACAGGAAUGCCCUGCCUUAAUGAACAAACCAAAAAUCAUUAUCAUUCAGGCCUGCAGAGGAGAGUCUCGUGGAUCUGUGAUGGUCAGUGACAGUGCUUCAGCUGGAGUGGUCUCUGACGAUGCGUCACAGCAACUGCCUGCUAAUGUGGGCAACAUAGUUGGUGAUGCUAUCCGACACGUUCACAAAGAAAAGGACUUCAUUUCCCUCCUGUCCAGCACUCCUGAUACCGUCUCAUACAGAAGAGAGGAUUUGGGCUCCUUCCUGAUACAGUACAUCACUGAAGUCUUCAAUACCUGCUCCCACGAGGACGACAUCGAUGAACUUUUCAGAAAGGUCAUGCAGCGCUUUGAAGACUUUCCUGAUGAAACCAAAAGACAAAUGCCAACAAAAGACAGAUGCACUCUAACUAGGCGCUUCUACCUUUUUCCCGGCCACUGAGACAGCAACAUUUGGUAAAUCCAUGUGUUGUUAAGCUAACAUGCAUUCUUUGCUGUUUGAAAAACUACUGUUUGAAAUUGAAUUGUGCCAUUAAGAUACACCUAAUGUAUGUCUUUAUAAUAUGUGCACCUAAUAUGUGGGACUUUCUUUUUUAAAUGUUGGUCUUUCUUUAGAUUAUUAUUCAGAGUGUGAAUGAUUGGAUUAUUUUAUUAAGUAUUGACUACAUGUACUUAAAUUAGAUUCAGUUUCAUUCCUGAUAUUAGACUUUUACUAC